AUGUUGCUGCUUCAGUGCAGGAAUGGAGCCUCUUUUCCUAAGUUAUAUAACUUGGUAUCAAGUGGAAAAAUGAAGAUUCUCCUGGUCUUUCUAGGUCUUCUUGGUAAUUCUGCUGCUAUGCCAAUGCAUAUGCCCCGAAUGCCUGGAUUUAGCAGUAAAAGUGAAGAGAUGAUGCGUUUUGGUCCAUUCAACUUUAUGAAUGCCCCACAUAUGGCACAUAUGGGCCUUUAUGGAAAUGGUUUUCAAAUCCCUCAGCCAUUUCCACAGUACCAGAUGCCCAUGUGGCCUCAGCCACAACCCAAUGCAUGGCAGAAUCCCCCAGAACCCCAACACCAGACCAAGACUGAUCAAACCCAAGAGACACAGAAACCCAACCAAACCCAGCCAAAAAAUCCACCACAAAAACAGCCUUUAAAGCAGCCACCACAAGCCACAACUCAGGGCAAAGAAGAAACCCAACCUCCUCAGGCAUUCCCACCAUUUGGCAAUGGACUAUUUCCCUAUGGCCAACCACCCUGGCCAAUUCCACAGAGGGUACCGCCACCACGUUAUGGACGUCUACCACUCAGCAAUGAAGAAGGAAAUCCUUAUUUUGGAUAUUUUGGAUAUCAUGGCUUUGGAGGUCACCCCCCUUAUUAUUCAGAAGAGAUGUUUGAUGAUAUUGAAAAACCCAAAGAAAAAGAUCCUCCUAAAGCUGAGAGUCCACCCGCAGAACCCUCAGCUAAUUCAACAGUUACUGAGACUAAUUCUACCCAGCCAAAUCCUGGAAGAAGUCAAGGUGGAAAUGACACCUACUCAAUAGGAAAUAAUGCCCCAGUACCCAACACUGGGAGCAACCCUACAGCUCAAAAUGGUGUCUUCCCACCCCCUUCAGUUAAUGUUUCAGGCCAGGGAGGGCCCAGAAGUCAAAUCCCAUGGAGACCAAGUCAGCCAAAUAUUCAUGAAAUUUACCCAAAUCCUAACAUCCGAAAUCCUCCUACUGGAAGACAAUGGCAUCCCACUGGUACUGCCAUGGGACACAGACAGUAUGGGCCUUUAUACCGAAAUCAACAAGUUCAACGGGGUCCUCGGUGGAAUUCCUUAGCUUGGGAAGGCAAACAAGCAACUCGGCCAGGAAAUCCAACUUAUCGUAAAGCUUAUCCUCCCACUUCAAGAGUCAAUUACCCCAAUUAUGCAGGAAAUCCAGCAAAUUUCAGAAGAAAGCCUCAGACACCAAAUAAACACCUUAUGGGAACCAAUGUCAUACCCUUGGGCCCCAAACAGGCUACUGUUGGCCGCAAUGAAAAAAUUCAAAAUCCACAAGAAAAAUCAUUAGGCCAAAAAGAUAGAAUAAUCAGUCCUACAAAGGAUACAGCUGGUGUUUGGAAAACCUCUCAACAUUAUGGAGUUAAUAAACCAAAUUAUAAAUCACUUCGCCCCGAGGACAAUAUGCUAGGUCCAAAUUUUAAUUCUAUUAAUCAACGUGAAAAUUCUUAUUUUCCAAGAGGAGAUUCCAGAAAAGCACCAAGUUCUGAUGUACAAACCCAAAGUCAGAAUUUGCCCAAAGGUAUUGCUUUAGAACCAAGAAGAAUCCCAUAUGAAUCAGAAACUAAUCAGCCUGAAUUAAAGCACAGUACACAACAGCCUGUAUACCCUGAGGAAAUUCCCUCUACUACAAGAGAACAUUUUCCUACUGGAAGAAAUACUUGGAGCAACAAAGAAAUUCCUCCAUACUUUAAGGAAGAUCCUGGGAGGCAAGAAGAACAUUUGCCACAGCCAUCCCAAGGCUCUAGAGGAAGUAUUUUCUACCAUGAAUAUAACCCCUAUUAUCCCAGGGAAAAUUUACCAUACAUUAGAAGCAAUAUCUGGGAUGAGAGAAUUGAUUCUCCCAAUACUAUAAGGCAACCAGAAAAUCCAUGGUACUCUAUGAAUACUCUAGUGCAGAAAGAGACAGUCCAUUACAAUGCAGAGGACCCAAUAGAUCCAACUGGAGAUGAAUCUUUUCCAGCACGAAGUAAAUGGGGUGAGGAAGAGUUGAGCUUUAAAGGAAGUCCAACAGUGAGGCUCUAUGAAGGCGAGCAAUAUGCUUCAAAUCAACCAAAGCAGUAUCCUCCCUCUUCCUUAGAUAAUCCAUCAAAACCCAAGGAAGACUUUCCUUAUAGUGAAUUUUAUCCCUGGAGCCCAGAAGAGACUUUUCCAUCAUAUAAUCCAGGUCCCACUAUAUCACCACCUGUGGAGAACAGGGGCUAUUAUGGUAAUAAUGCUAUUGGAGAAGAAGAAAGCACUUUCUUUCCUUCAUGGAACUCCUGGGACCACAGGAUUCAACCCCAAGGACAGAAAGAAAGAGAGUCAUAUUUCAACAGAAAUUUCUGGGAUCAGGCAACAAAUUCACAGAAAGCUAGUCUACCAGACCAGAAAGAGAACAAUCCCUAUUCCAGUAAUACCCCAGCCGGGCUUCAGAAAAAUCCAACAUGGCAGGAAGGUCAGAAUUUGAACUAUGACAUGCAAAUUACUAGUUUAAAUUCACCAGAGAGACAACAUUUGGCUUUCCCAGACUUCAUUCCUCAAAGCUACCCAUCAGGACAAAAAGAAGCACAUUUAUUUCACCACAGCCCAAGAGGUUCUUGCUGUGUUAGUGGCUCCACGGGACACAAGGACAAUCCACUGGCUCUUCAAGAUUACACUUCAUCCUACAAUCUUGCACCAGGGGAGAACCAAGCCACCAACCCUAUGUACACAGAAAGUAGUCUUACCAAGCAUACAAGACCUAUUGUCUCCCCAACAAACAUUCUCCCUGGUCAAAGAAACAGCUCAGAGAAGAAACUGCCUGGGGAAAGCCAAAACACAAGUCCUUUUAGAGAGGAUGUGUCCACUCUGAGAAGGAAUACACCAUGUUCUGUAAAGAAUCAACUGGACCAAACAGGAAUGAUGUCCUCUUCUGAGACCAGCUCUCCUCAAUCAAAAAAUAUACCGUGUCUCAAGAAUGAUCUUGGAGGAGAUAGGAACAAUAUUCUAGAACAAAUUUUUGAAGGAAACCAGCUCAAUGAAAGAUCUGUUGCCCUUACUCCUGAGCAACUUGUUAUUGGUACCAUUGAUGAAGGCUCCAAGCCUGAAGGCAUUCAAAAUGAAGUCCAAGAAAAUGAGGGUGAGAGACAGCAACAAAGACCACCUAGCAUCCUGCACGUACCAUGCUUUGGCUCCAAAUUAGCAAAGCUUCACUCUUCCAGCACUGGAACUCCAUCUAGCAAUGGAAGGCAAGGCCAAUUUGAUGGGGAUCUAACUAUACCUACUGAAAAUCCUAAUACAUUGCUUGGGUUAGCUACUGAGGAACCAUUUAAGAAUAUAAAUGUAGACCAACUUAAUGCAGAUGAACACAUUCCAUUUGAAUCCUUUCAAAGAGGGACCAAUCCACAGGACCAUAUACAAGACUGCUUAUUACUUCAGGUCUAG